AUGUCUACAACACCCUACUUGAUUACUGAUUCCUCUGCUGAAUCUUCUGAAGACAUUCAACAUCCCCUUCAUGUAACAAAUUUUGAUACUGAAAAUAAUAUUGAACUCAAAGGCUCUAUCAAUUCUAGUUCUAAAAAUUCUAAUAAACAUGAUCAUUAUGAGCAUGCUGCUAAAAGUGUGAUGAAGCCUUUAAAGUUUGCAAAAUAUACAAGAGUAAAUGGACUGAAAGAACAUCGAUUUCAACUAUAA